AUGGCCUCAGAAACAAAGAGCCGUAAACCUGCAAAUACCGCCUUUAAACAACAACGAUUAAAAGCGUGGCAACCUAUUCUUGCACCAAAUACAGUUUUACCAACUCUUUUUAUCGUUGGAAUCAUCUUUGCGCCACUUGGUGGUUUAUUGUUAUGGGCUAGUAACAAUGUAUCUGAAAUUAGCUUUGAAUAUACAUUUUGUGAUUCAACAGCUCCAGUUUAUCCAAUUUUUGAACCAAUGCCAUCUAAAUAUAUUCAAACUUCAUUUCCUGGAGCGAAUUCAGGAUCUGUUGGAUCAACACAAUGGAGUCGUCAAGUUGUUGUACCACUUCAAUCUAACCCCCAAAAGAUACCUUAUUGGGGUUGUAGAAUAAGAUUUGGUAUACCAAACCAACUGGAGCCUCCAGUCUUUUUUUAUUAUUAUUUAACAAAUUUUUACCAAAAUCAUAGACGUUAUGUCAAAAGUUUCGAUUCUGAUCAAUUGAAAGGUGUGGCUGUUAGUCCAUCAACUUUACAAAAAAGUGAUUGUAAACCAAUGGCCGUUACACCUGAUGGUCUUCCAAUUUAUCCUUGUGGCUUGAUUGCUAAUUCCCAAUUCAAUGAUACAAUCAGUAAUCUCUCACUUUUAAGUGAAUCAAAUUUUGAUGUUGUUGAAGAAUCAUAUAACUUUAAUCAAAGUGGUAUAGCAUGGCCAUCUGACAGACAAAAAUAUGGCAAAACAACUUAUGAAUACAGUAAAAUACGUCCGCCGCCCAAUUGGGUUGACAGAUAUCCUAAUGGUACAUACACAGAUGAAUAUCCACCACCUGACCUUUCAAAUGAUGAACCUUUUCAAGUCUGGAUGCGAACAGCCGGUCUACCUAACUUCAGAAAGCUUUAUGGUAAAAAUGAAAUAGAGCCAUUGAAAGCUGGAACCUAUGAAGUUUUAAUUGAAUACAAAUUUCCUGUUACUAGAUAUGGUGGAACUAAAUCAUUUGUAAUUUCUACUGUAUCAUUCCUUGGUGGUAAAAAUCCUUUCUUGGGAUAUGCUUAUAUUGGAGUUGGUGUGGCUGUUAGUCCAUCAACUUUACAAAAAAGUGAUUGUAAACCAAUGGCCGUUACACCUGAUGGUCUUCCAAUUUAUCCUUGUGGCUUGAUUGCUAAUUCCCAAUUCAAUGAUACAAUCAGUAAUCUCUCACUUUUAAGUGAAUCAAAUUUUGAUGUUGUUGAAGAAUCAUAUAACUUUAAUCAAAGUGGUAUAGCAUGGCCAUCUGACAGACAAAAAUAUGGCAAAACAACUUAUGAAUACAGUAAAAUACGUCCGCCGCCCAAUUGGGUUGACAGAUAUCCUAAUGGUACAUACACAGAUGAAUAUCCACCACCUGACCUUUCAAAUGAUGAACCUUUUCAAGUCUGGAUGCGAACAGCCGGUCUACCUAACUUCAGAAAGCUUUAUGGUAAAAAUGAAAUAGAGCCAUUGAAAGCUGGAACCUAUGAAGUUUUAAUUGAAUACAAAUUUCCUGUUACUAGAUAUGGUGGAACCAAGUCAUUUGUAAUUUCCACUGUAUCAUUCCUUGGUGGUAAAAAUCCUUUCUUGGGAUUCGCUUAUAUUGGAGUUGGUAUUCUUUGUGUGCUACUUGGAUGUGCAUUUACUGCUAGACAUUUAUACAAACCAAGAAAACUGGGUGAUCAUGCUUAUUUGUCUUGGAAUAAUCCUACGCCUACAAACAACCAAUAA